GUUUUCUGAUGUUUGCUCGAUCAUUGGACUAGCUCACUAGCAUAAUUCUGAACUGUUUAGCCAAAGGCGGUGGCUCCUACUGGUUUGUGAGUAUCCACAGUCAUGCAAUUAGAAUUUGGUUUGUUUAUAGUUUUGGUGUUGCUACUUGUUAGUUAUUCGUGCAGUUACGAGUUUGAGAACGGUAUUUGCUUUCUGAUCAUUCUCCCAUCAAGGAUUUAGCUAAACUUAGUAAGCCGUGAUUUAACUGUUUAUGUUCACAUGCCACAACAGUGACAAUAUCCCAGGAUUGAUCUAAUACCAGGGACUGCACCAACUGCUUACUUAUAGUAUGUAUGUAUCGUAAUUGGUGUAUGGAGGUGUGGACGACGUAAUUGUCCUGCAUGGGGAAUCCAGAAUACCAUUUCGUGAUUGCUGUAACUCUGGGAAAAUGGAUGUUUUAUUUGAUACUCUGCGAAAGUACAGUCAUCCUGGAGAGCUCGUGACGGCUGUGCAGACUGUAAUUACUUCGGACUCCUUCGGUGAUCCUGCACAGCUGAUUGAGUUAUUCCAGCACAAACUCCGAUUGGGCCAGCAGUGUGUACUUCAUGGCAAGCAUUUUUUGCGAGUCCUUCUGGUUUUAUUCCAAAAAUUAUCGGAAGAGCAAGAUGGUGCACAAGUCAGCAGCUUCUUACGGAGCAACGAUUGGAUACGAAAUUUUGGAGCACUUGUGGUGCUGCUGUGCUGGGAUGAAAUUUCUUCCAAUCCACCGGAAAUUGCAUUGCCAACAUUGCAGUCCAUUCUUUCUGCUACACCUUUCUUUGGAAUUCCGGUCAUGGAGCGCAUUUUGGGCAGUGCGCAGAUACUUAGUUGUCAACUGAAAGUAGUGGAAGAGACAUUUCGGCGGAAUGGCAGAUUCCAGACAUUGACGGACACCGAAUUCGGCGAUUUGUUUAACAAAGCCUUUCCGGAUCUGGAAGAGGCUUCCGUAUUGCCAACCAUCCUGUACUUCAGUACGCCAAAUAGUGUGGAUGAAUCGUUUUUACGCUCUCUACCUGUGAUACAGCACUUCCAAAGGCGACGCGAUACCUCCUCCAAAAGGGUUCGCUUUUCAACGGAUGAGAACGUCACCUGUCCCGAAAAUCCGUCGGAAAGUGAUAUAAACAGACAGCGCGAUAUCGCUACAUUCAGUGGUUAUCGUAUUUUAAUGGAUGUCAUGAUGGCGAUAUUUGAGGAUGCAGCGCGACGGAAAAUGUCGAAUUCCAGUAAGCGAAGUUCGCGUUUGAGUUUGCAAUUCGAUCUCUCGACGGAUGAUACGGAACGCUUGGAUUCCAUGGAUGUUGAAAAUCGCCUGAAGAACAUAUAUCCACUGACUUAUCGCGUUGAGAUCUUGGAGAAUUUGUUUUCGCUGUUAUUUCUUCGCAGCAGCGACGUGAACGAAAAUUAUUUCCUGGAGGAGAGCUUUAUACCGGAGGAAACGGAUUCAGAAAGUGUAAAAAGUUGGUCGUCGGCCGUGAAAAAAGUUCGCGAUGGAUUUUGUUGCUGUAGUGAUAAACUUGUCGAAAAAAUCCUGAGUACCAUAAAAAAUGUGGUGAUUACAACGCAUUCUCACCGCUCAUCAGAAACCGCCUCCGCUUCACCAGCUCCGUUUUCUGUGCACACUUCAGUGCCGGAUGACGAAUUAUCAAGGCGCUUGUCAUCUCUGGAACAGAGAUUAAAUGAUGCAUCAUGGCGUUUGGAAGUAAUUGUUUAUCCAAAAGACGUUCCACUUAGCGUUAAUCUUGCCUACACCGAUGAUUUGAUGCGGCCUAGUUUCUUGACUCGUAAAUUAGAAGCUCGACGCUCGAGUAAACGUCGUCGUCCACGCAAGCGUCGGGUUUCGUCCAUACUAAAGAAACACGUCGAUACAUCUGUGAUCGAGAAGAUGCUCUCUGGCCCUGGGUCGCUUCUGCGCAUUUGCCUGCAUGGAGGAAGUUUUCAUUUGGCCGAUCAGGUCUUGAAACUUUUUACCUUGGAGGAUGCUGAUUGGCAGGGUGAGAUAGAGUUCGGCGAAGAAUUUCACACCAUUUUAUCGUCGAGUGGCCAGAAAAUGAGUGGGAAACAACUAAAGUCAUCGGCUCAGCUGGCUGAACCGCAUCCCGUAUGCCCUGCAAGUGAAAUGACCGAGCAGCAACGAAACCUGUUAAUCGCGUCCGAUUGUGCAAUUAUUCAACUAGCGACAGCUUCCAGAGGGAGUUCGCCCAAUGUGAGGAAUGUAACCGACAUUCUGAAUUCCCUGGAUGGAAAAUUUCCGAGAUAUGAAUUUUUAAAAUCGAUGCGAAUUCAACCGUAUGAGGAUUUUGUCCGAACCAAUAUGGAGACCGCGUGCUCUUUAAAUCAGUGUUUAUCAUUUUUGAUAGCGCUGCCGUUUAAUCCUGUAGCCAUGCAAAGUGUUGCUGCAUUGGGGCACGAAAUUCAGGUGCGCAUUGACCGACUGGAGCAACUGCUUAAUGAACCACCGAGACCUGGUGGAAAUGGAGUGCCGCUGAUCAAACAGAUUAUCAAAAUCUUGCGUGGGACGGUACCCGCUUCUGGGUUGUUGUCGAUGUUGAACGGUCAGGCAGCGGAUCCGACGGUUUCUCGACUGGCAUAUUUAAUGGCAUGGCAGACAUUUUCGAAAAAUUAUUCCACGUGUUUGAAGUUAAGCACCGAAGGGGAUAAUUUUAGUCUAAUGUAUCAAAGUCCAUAUUACCGCUUAAGAGGAAUGCUCCAGAACCAGUCUCCGAGGGAUGAAAUUGAACAUUUCAUCAAGACGCUUUCUCUUGAUUUGCCACGGAUGUUACUCAGCCAGUCGACUCGGGCAAAACAAUUGGACAGUGCUAGAUCGAUCGUGACAAACGAAGGAAUCGUAUUUUUGAACGACGGCUGCGCAGAACGGAGUGUUUCGUUGACGGAUCCCAAUAAAUUUGUUGCGGGUAUCCUUACGGGAUUACUGAAGUUGUUCAGGGACGCACAGGAGUCGCCUUACUCGCCCAAGAAAAUCUUGUUGACGUCGGUCUCUGAUCUGCUGAAUGGUCUCCAGGCUUUGCAGCACGCCAAAUGUGAUAUUGUUUCUGACGACGAACGGCUAGUCUUUUAUUUGAACGUUUAUAAUCUUCUGUUCAUUCACGCUCUUCUGCAUUCCGAAUCUUUAAAGGCCAGUGGUUUUCGAUCUUGGCAGGCAAACGAAAUUGUGACCCGUAUGCAUUUUUGGAAAUACCGCUAUCAUCUGGGAGAAUAUGGUAUUGUCAGUCUGCAAGAUCUGUAUGAUGCUUUGUCACCUUUGCGACAGCCACUUUCGUCGCAGAACUUACGGCUGCCUCGUCGAAAAGAAAAUGGAUUCCUAAUGGCUAAUUCUGAAAAUGUUAUCACCAUCCAGGUGCUGCAUGCGGAUAUGUUGAAAGCCCAGACGAACAUGGCAAUAUCCGAAUAUACAAAGAAUAAUGGAUUUUUUGACUCAGGUCGCAAUAUCUUUCAAUUGCCGGGAUGGAUGUUUCGAAUCUAUCCCAGCGAUCAAUUAUACCGUUUAGUGGAAGAGCAUUGGGACCGAGAUAGAGGAGACAUUAUAUUCGAUCAGCUCGUUAUUGAGCCGAACCGCCGGGUUAGUCGAGAAAGAAAAAUUCAUCGCGAUUUAUCCGCCCCAAAUGGGAAACAUGCGGCUUUCUCUACAGCUAAAGUGCGCAGCUCUGAAGCAGAAGAUAGCGCCGGGAAUGCUCCAUCUCUGUCAGACAUGGAAGAGACGUCUUUUCCUUUGCCGGAACUGCUGCCGUACUUAUCCAACGCUAAUUCUCGAUUAGCUAGCAUGUUAUCAUUCGAGCCAAAAAACAGCAUCCUUCCCGCCAACAUGUCUGUCCGUAAUGCUGUUAGCUGUUUGUUGUCGUUUCAUGACAGAUUGCACAGCUUAAGCAUUAUUUGCGAGGCUUUAUGGGAAGCGGUGAGACAUGGUUUGGACCCGUCAGCCAUAAUGGAAUUUCCUUUGAUCCGCUUGGAGUUAGCCGGAUCAUUAGGAGGAAAAUUGUUACGAAAUGUUGUCCUAGCGGUGGCGAUUGAGAAAAACUUGGCGACGGAACCGUGGACUCUUUGUGGUCAAAUUUGGGAUGUGGAGUUGCGGCUGCGGACUGUUCUGCAGGUGUGGAAAAGUUGGCCCCUUGGGCAGCUAGUGGAUUUCUUUGACAUGUUAUCGGUGGAGGAUCCGAGGAGCACCGUUGUGGGGUUGCAAAUUCGAAUAAAGAAUUUGGAGAUGCUUGUCAGGAAUUUCGCAUUUGACAAAGUUGGCUGGAAGGAAGUGUUUUCUAACUCGACACUGGAAUACGUGAUGACGCAAAUGGCCUUCAAAGACUUGGAAAGCCGAAUAGAGCAUCAUUUUAAGAUUUUCAGUGCUUCAGUACUACGCUUGGAUCAAACGGAAGCGCUAAAUGCCUGGUUAAGUCAAAGUGAAAUGCCGUCGUUGGAACUUUUCAAAGAAGACAUCCAAAUUAAAGGCUUGGUGCAUAUGUUGGAUUCCAAGCCGCCUCAAAUACUCGCAGCCUAUCAGUUACUGAUACCGAUGUUGAAAAAUUGCACCUUCACGAAGAUGGAAGAACUGCUUGCCAGCAUAACAACAGCCGAAGGCCGUCUUCCGGUUAUCCAUAUUGCCCUUCUUUCUGGUCGAUUUGAUGAGUACGAAGUUGGCAGAUUGCGGGAAAGAGAAAUCGAGAAUUUAAUUCUGCGACUACUGCCGGAAUUUCUCCGUAAAGCCGUUCUUCACCUAAGCGGCCGACCAUUGCUGAUACUGGAGCAAUUGAUUAUGUGGAACAAAGUGGACUAUUUGGUUGACGUGGUGAAAAUUGCGGGAAUUUGGGAUGUAUUCAGCCAAAGAAUGUUUGAACAGUUGCUGGUAGAUUAUGCUAAGAAGGCAAUACAGGUUUUCUCGUCGCCCAGUGAACAUAGUCGGUCCGGUAGCAUAGCGUCGGGAUUGGAUGCGAGUGGCAGAAGAGAAUCGACAGUGGAUGUUAACCCUAAGAAAUUUAUCAUGCCAAUUGUGGCCCCCAUGAAACACGAAUGGGUGGAAGACGAUAGCGUACAAAACUGUCCGGUUUGCGGGGAAAAGUUCACUUUGUUUAACCGAAAGCAUCACUGUCGUCGCUGUGGUCGUGUCGUGUGCUCUACUUGUUCCGGUCAGACAAUCCACGUGGAUUUGUACGGGGAUAAUCCCGUACGUGCUUGUGAUGAUUGUUUCGACCAAACAAUUUCCCUGAGUUCGAGCGGGCGCUCGACGAAGUUUCACGGGAUCGAUUUCAUUUCGCGGGUGCGUUCGCCAACAGCUACACAAUCACCGGCCCGUACACUCAGUCCGAAGCCUCGCGAACGCUUAGUCGGCCUAAAUGGGGCUUCCGAUCAGCAGCAGUGGUUAUUAACUACGGAUGAGGAUAAUAACCAUGCGGUGCGCAGUGAAUUCUUUUUUGUCGAGGCCCCCGAUGCCGCGCUUUGUAUUGCGCUGUUGAAAUUGCAUUCGAGUCCGCUAAUUGCUGGAAAAGAACUGUUAAAGAUGGGGAAUGAAUUGUCGGAAUGGAUGGGCAAGCAUAGCGAUUGUGGACUGGAGCAUGCCACGCUGCUGAAUAUCAUGCGGACGUUGUUUUUCAAAGCGAAGAUUUUUCUGUAUGAGGAUAAGGACAGUGCGAACUGGGUGCACGUUUGUGAUAAUUAUCUAAAUCAACUGCAAGUUGUCGAAAUGUUGUUGGAUGCUGGAGCAGCAAAGAUCCCGUCGGUACAAGAGCUGGCCGACCUAAAGACACUCAGAAAUGUCCGCGAUCAGCUGAUUCAACAGGAACGGUAUGCUCUGGCUAUCGAAAUUUCCACCAAAGCUGGGCUGGAUGCUGCGAAUGUGUGGUUUAGUUGGGGUCGAUGUUUAUUGAAAGUCGGGAAAUUUAUCGAAGCUCAGGACAAGUUGUCAAAAUGUCUUGAACUCCCGGUGGACAAAAAUCAGAUAAAUCCACCAUCGGCGGCGUUUCUGGAAGAGAUUAUGGAAAUCAUCCAAGAGGCUAAGAUGCCCCGCCGCCGAGGGACACUGGGUGCGGAUAGUAUAAUUAAUCUAGUACUCCGUGGAGACAUUCUGCAGCCGGAGACUGUGGAUCCAGCCGUUUUGGAGAACGAGAACCGCCGGCGAAUGACGGAAUGCCUGCAUUAUCAGGAAGUUUAUGGAACGAAUUCGUCGCUUUUGCGCUUUUACAUCAAAAAAGGGUUAAUUCAGAAAGCACUGGAGUAUUCUUUGCGCGAGACUGUCAAUGUGGAAACGUUCUUCGAAACCAUCAUAAUGCCGAAUUUACGAAAGGGUCAUCUCAGCGCGUUGGAGGAUGAAAUUAUUAUGUCGGAUCCGACGUUAAGCAAAUGGGUGGAUUACCUGACGGGAGUUUGUAAAAUUCUAAUGAAACGAGGAAUGACGAACGUGUUACUAUCGUUUCAGUUGUUUAUGAAGGAUUAUUUGCGAGCAGCAGCAACAUGCGUAAAAUUUUUCCAGUCGUCCUCCGCAGCAAAUUCGUACCAAGUAUAUUUUGAUCGUCUGCAUUUUUUGGAAGAUGCUCAGAAGCAUGUCAACAUGUAUCUGGAGCGUUUUGCCUCAGCUACUAACGGUGAAGCGGUCAGCAAACUGCGUCUUAGUUUGCCGUUGGAGGAAGUGCGAAAAUACCUGAAAACCAUCCAGCUGCAAGUGUCCGUGACAAAAAUCUUGGCAGGCAAGUUGUCCCGCGUGGACGAAAAACGAUCGAAUGGAUCACCGCUACCAACGCUGUUCGGAAAUCUCCAAGCGAAAAUUGAUGUCAUCGGAAUGUUGGUGGAGUUUCACAACACGCCUAAAGUGGACGAAUAUGUUUUGAAUAUAAUCGAAGCACAAGCAUUAAAUGCCGAGGAAAUCUUAACGAAAGUGGCGACGCAAGCCGGAAGGGAAGGGUUGAAAGGCGUACUGGGUGUCCUGUUAACGAUGAGAAAGUUGCAGAUGCUUAGGGAUACUCAGUACGACGCCCUGGUGAUUCGCAUGAUCGGACAUUGUGACGCGAAUUCAUUGACAGCGAAUACCAAAGAAUGGGAAGCAUUUAUCAAACAGAUCUCCAGUGAUGAACAAAAGGUGGAAGCGUUAACUAAAGCCCGGAAAUUUAAGUCAGCCUACUUACUGGCUGUGCAGAUGCAGCGUGCCGAUUUGGUGGCGUUCGUGGGAACCGAAGCUGGCACGAAUGGCGAUAUGUCUGUGCAAAACAUUUGCAGUCGGUGGUUAGACUCAAACAAAAAGCGCAAACCGUAGCACUGGUUUUGAAGAGUUUUUAUUUAUUUUGAAAUUUUCGCUCAAAUACUUUUGUGAUCGAUUCUUUGUCAACAUGCUGGUUUAUUGCCUCGUUUUUUACUUUUGAUGUUUAAGUGCCUACAAAUGUGAUUUGUACUCGGACAGACCAAUCUUGACGAUCUACUGUUAAUAUAUUUUUCCAAAUUUUAUUUCCUUGAUUUGUAUAUUUUAUUUUGUUUUUGCUGAUUGUAUGUGAAGUGAAAUUCUAUAUCUGAAUGAAUAGCAAGCAAACUGCAAUCCAUCUCCAUA